UCACUUUGCUCUUCGUCUUUGCCAUGGGGAUCGACACGGUCCGAGCCGUCGAUCAGUUGCAUGUGAUCUCCUGGAACACCGCGGGUUUCUCCAGGACGCACGAACUGAUCAAAUCGCAUUAUGGCGACCUGCACACGUUUCUUCGCCGCCACCGAGCGGAUGUUUUUUGCGUUCAAGAGACGCGUAUGAAGGCUUCGAUGUUUUCGAGCCUUGCAGAGUGCAAGCAACUGGGGGCGAUCACCGAGGGCUAUGAGAGCUUCUGGGCCUUCAAUGAGCAGAAAGGUGUUGCGGGAGGAACUUGUGGUGUCGCGGUGUGGGUCAGGAAGGACCUUGCAAAGGGUAUCAGAGCAACGCAAAAGGUGUUCAAGGUGGACGACUUUGAUCAAGAAGGUCGCUGUUUGCUGGUGGAUUGGGGAUCCCUGGCGCUUUUCAACGUGUAUGUGCCGGUUUUAAAGGGUCCAGAGGACCAGCCGCGAAAGCUGAAAUUUCUGGAGCUCCUCAGGCACAAAGUGGAGGAGAUGCAGAGCGCGGGCAAAAUGGUCAUUGUUUGUGGAGAUUUCAACCUCACAUGGCGCCCGAAGGAUUUUCAUGGCCUCUAUGUGAAAGUGGUGGAGGAUUGCGUCUGUGGCAAGACGGAAUGGCGCCUCAAUGGUGGCCCGAAUCGCUCCGCGCUGCUGACUCGUGGACAGGACUCCUGGAUCCGCCUCGGUGAGGCGCAGAAAGCCUUGCAGUCCGAGCUGCUGGUGAGCGCAGCCUCCGCCGAGCUGCGCGCCGCACGUCCUCCCGACGGCGCCGAGCUGCUCCGCGUCGUGGACGCGGCCAGCGGAGCCACGCUGUGGAUGAAGGGCGGCGGAGCGUCGACGCCUCUGGAGAUCGUGCAAGGCUUGGAUGGCGCACAGCAGAUUCGCUUGCAGUUCGGUGUUCCGGCGAGUGAUUUAGCGGCUCACGGGCAGACCUAUCACUCAGUGAUGGAACCGGAGUGUGUGGAGUUCUUUUCCAAGUGGCUGGAGACCCUGACUGAUACCUUUGCCGCCUGUCAUGGAACAGCGGAAAGGCGCUUCACCUGCUGGAUGCAGCGUGCAAACAUGCGCUAUUCCAACAAAGGAUCUCGCUUGGACUACAUUCUUUGUGAUCAGAGACUGUUGAAGCUGUUGGUUUCCACGAAGACGUCCCAGCUGGCGGGGGCGACCGCGGACGAAGAAGCGCAGACGCCCCAGGCGGCCUGGAACGCCGCCACCCACUUUGGAAGGUGGCACGGCGCACAUCAGGUGCAGAAAGGAGAUGAUGGUGGUGGCUUGAGCCUUCAGCAAGAUGACAUGCGAUUGAACGACUCGCAGUUUCGGGCUCCACACACGGGGAUUCUCUACACACCGCCGAAGUAUUCAGAUCAUGUGCCGGUUUCUGCAGUCUUUGAAGGCCUCGACUUGGCGCCACAGGCAAGUGUCUCGGUCCCGGUCCUCAUCGGAUCGGAGGACACUCGAGGCACACAGCCGUGGACCUCGCAAGCGACGCUGGGGAGCUUUUUCGUGCCCUCGAAGAGGCCCAAGAGGUCCUGACACACACAUUGGGCGUUCGCGCGGACGUUCUGAGCGGCUCGGCGUUCGGUCCAAGCGCGGGCGUUCUGAGCGGUGCCCGUCCUGGCUGAGAGGUGUGGCUCUCUGGAGCCAGAAGUGCCGCGUUGGACUGGGUUAGCAGUGCUGGGGUUAGCAGUGCUCGACAUGGCGCCGGGAGUCUAUCGCCAUGUGGUGAAAA